AUGUCGUUCAGCGACCUCGAGGGCAUGUUUGCCCAUCUUGAACGAGCACUCCGUCCGCAUGCGCUGCCUGGGGCCACGCCGACGAGAGCGGAGACUCCGACUCCUGGCGAAUCAGCAAGCGACUCGUCGGGGCCGAGUCACGAGGAGCUGGAGGCGUGGCAGAAUCGGGCGCUCGCUGCAGAGGCCCGCAUGUCACGGACGACAGCGCAGUUGAAGCAGCUUCUGGCAGGCGUUCGGGCCGAGCAGUCGGCGGCCAAGGCGACGAUUGCCACUCUAACCGAGAACCACAAGCGGGCGGCGAGAGCGCUGGUCGAUCUGGCCUCGCAGCGUGAUGCUGCUGUGGCCCGCUCGGCCGAGCUGACCGAGAAGCUCCGCGCAGUCGCUACCCAGCUUCUGCACGCCCGCCGCCACGCCGACGGCUCGGCGACGGCUGACGACCGCGUCGCCGCUGCCAUGGAACAGGCUAAGACCGAGAUUGCUGCCGUCAAGGCCGAGUACGCCUCCAAGUCGCUGGCCCACAUUGUCGUGGCCUCGACCUCGGUCGCGCCGUCGGCCCUCGACGACGUCGCCAACCAACCGGUGAGGGUCCUCGAGGCCGUGCUAGCGAGCCUCGGAUACGCUGACUCGUGACCGGCGACCACACACUCUGCACGCGCCACGCCCGGGCUACUUUGUGUUUGUUGAAUUGAACUACUCUUGCC